CAAGUGGGGCGAUACCAAUGGCCGAGUCUGCUGUUUCGCUGGUAGGGCAGACGAUAGGAAGGCUGCUCGUUGAUGAGGACCUGCAAAGGCAGCUGAAACUGAUUCAAGGCUUGCUGAGGGAUGCAGACAUGAGACAAGAGAGCGAACAAGUAGCUGGAGAAUGGGUCGGGCAACUCCGUGACAUUGCCUAUGAUGCCGAGGACGUCAUCGAGCGAUACAUCCUCAGAGUAGCGCCGAAGAAGGAAGGAAACAUCAUCAAGGCGUACUUUUGCUUCGUGGCAAAGUGCACUUGCAUGCAGGCCCGUGUGGUGGGGACAGAGAUUGAUGGCUUAAAAUCCAGCAUCUCCAAUCUGAGAACGAGUAUGCGAGAUCAUGGCAUACAAUCGGUGAAUGAGGGCAAUCGCGAACGGGCGAGAGCUUUGACGCACAGGCGUACUUAUGCCCAUUUCGAGGAGGAUUUUGUUGGGAGGGAAGAUUGCAUUAAGGAGUUGGUGAACGAGUUGAAGGAUGGAGAACAGCACAGAGUUAUUUCUAUUUGUGGAAUGGGUGGUCUAGGUAAGAUCACACUUACUAAGAAAGUCUUCACUUAUGACGAAUUGAAGAACCAUUUCCAUGGUUUCGCUUGGGCUUGCAUAUCUCAAGAAUACCACCACAUGAGACAUAUUCUGGAGGGAAUUCUUGUUAAGUUGAUCCCUGAUCAAAGAGGAGGGGUUACACAGAUGAGAGAUGGCGAAAUUGUUAGAGACUCUAUACAUGACCCAAAAACAUAGGAGAUGUCUUGUGGUUCUUGACGAUAUUUGGACCAAACAAGCAUGGGACGAUUUGUGAGAUGCAUUCCCGAUCAAGAACAUGAGAAGCAAGCUAUUGAUAACGAUCCACAAUAGAGAAAUAGCAUAGUACAUCGAUCCUCAACGUUUCUUCCAUGAACCUCGGUGCUUAUCGAACGAGGAGAGCUGGGAGGAUGAAGAGGGCGUUUCCUUAAAAAAAGGUGAGGCUUCUCCAAGGUUAUAAUAAGCUAUUUUGAUAGGAAUUCAUGAUAUAUUGUUGAAGCUAGCUAUGUUCCUUCUUCUAUGGGCUCCAUCUCAGGUCUACCUUUUUGUAUUUGUGAAUAGUUGUCCAAUCUUAAAAGUUGGGAUUGUUUGGAAAAUCAUGGAUCAUUAUGCUUUUAAAAGAGAGCGGCAACAUAAUUAGUGCCCUAGAAUUUGCGCUGCAAUGGAAAUUACUAGCACACUCAAGUCAUAGAAGAUAGCUUGCCUAUGGAGUUAUUCGUGCCGCUUUCCUUUUUAUUCAUCUAGUAGAGUCAUUGUUGCUACCCAUUGCUCGACCCACGUAAUUCAAGCCACAAAUAACAAAGAGAAUUUGUUUGUCGAUUUUAGGGUUUAUAUGAGCUUUGCUUUGGUCCCCGAGAUCUUCCCCUUAAAGCAUAAAUAAACCACGGAUGAUAAAGAGCU